CGAUAGACUACGACUAUGAACACACCGACUCUCAUAACAAGGGGUAGCAACCAGCUUCGAAUUCUUUUACAACCUCAAGUAAGUAUCGACAUCAAUCAAAAGCAAGUGGAGCAAGUGGAAGAACUAGCUGAACAGCAAGUAGAGCAGGUUGCUAGAAGAAGAAGACCACCUGGAGUUAGUUCUUUUGAAUUCCAGUGAUGGAGCAGCAGCAGGAGAUGCAAAAACCAGUAGCCCUAAUCGUAGGCGUCACAGGAAUGGCCGGCCUGAGCCUAGCCGAGGCUCUCAAGGGUCUAACCGCACCAGCCGGGCCAUGGACAGUCUACGGCGCAGCUCGCCGUCCAAAACCCACCACCUGGUUCCCUUCCUCCAUUCUCGACCGUUACAUCACCUUCGACGCCGUCAACUUAAACGACACGAAACUCCACCUCUCUCCCAUCUCCAACCAAGUCACCCAUAUCUUCUGGGUCGCCAUCCAAGUCCGUGACACCGAGGAAGCUAACGUUGCCGUUAACUCCCUUAUGCUCUCCAACGUUCUCAACGUCCUCACUUCAUCUCCUGGUUCUCGUCUCCGCCAUAUCACCAUCCAAACAGGUACCAAACACUAUAUGGGCCCAAUCUUCGACUCGGCCCACUCCGGCCAACUCGUCCCACACGACCCACCAUUCAUGGAAGACUCUCCUCGCCUUCCUUUCCCCAACUUCUACUACGCUCUUGAAGACUUCGUAGCCUCAUACGCCGCCAGUAAAGGGUUCACAUGGUCGGUACAUCGAUCUUCCAUCAUCAUCGGUGCUUCCGCUCGUAGCGUAUACAAUGCGCUACUUACGUUAGCGGUGUACGCCUCGAUCUGUCGCCACGAGGGCAAACCGUUCAGGUAUCCUGGUACACGGUACACCUGGGAUCAUUUUUGUGACAUGUCAGACGCACGAGUCCUGGCAGAGCAGCAAAUUUGGGCAGCGGCAGUGUCGGAGACGGCGAAGAACCAGGCCUUCAACUGCACCAAUGGUGACGUGUUUACAUGGAAGAGCCUCUGGAAAGUGUUGUGUGAAAUAUUUGAGGUUGAAUUUCUCCCUUUCAAUGAGACAGAGACGUUCGAUUGGGUGGCGGAGAUGAAAGAGAAAGGGAGUGUUUGGGAUGCUAUAGUGGAAGAGAAUGGGCUAUGUAAGACAAAGAUGGAGGAGAUCACAUGCUUCUCUGCGCUCAACAUGGUUUUGCAGUUCAAGUUUCAGCACGUUUGUAGUAUGAACAAGAGUAGAGAAUUUGGGUUCUUUGGGUAUGUUGAUACGCUUAAGAGUAUGGGAAUGUGGGUGGAGAAGCUGAGAUAUAUGAAAAUCAUUCCUCCUACAACUGCCACAGGAAGAAGAUAGAUAAUUUUGGUCAUUGAAUGUUUAUGAACAAAUAUAAAUUCUCAUGUUAAAAUUAAGAUGGAGACUCAUUAAUAUCCCCCAAUGUAUAUGGGCGUAUGAAACAAUCGAGUAAUAUAACUCUUUUAUUUUCUGGUUC